CAAAAAGUGUUCAAUGGGUUAGCAAUUGACAAGAGGUUAGUGUUAGUUUAGUGAUAAGUCACUAAAGUUCGCUAUCAAACAUCUCGUGUUCAUCAGUGUAUUUCGACGUAAUAAGAAAUUUUCAAGGAAAAAAUCGCAAAUAUCAGUUAAGGCAUAUCUCCACGAGGAAGUUGGAAGACCUUGAGCUCAACAGCGAGUACUGAGAUGGCGUUCCGAGAACUAGUGGAUGGUGACUGUGGUGGAAGGAAUCCAAUGUUAAAAGUAGCAUCACACUUCACCAAAGAUCAAGCUUUUCGUCAGGAUGUUGCCGUUUCACAUAGACAUCCUGACACAAGGCCUGAAGAUGUUAUGGUCAGAGAAUUUCUGGAAGGCAUACCUCCCCCAUCCCAAGUUGGAACAAGAGGAGCCUUUAAUAUGGAGAGUCUUCUUUGCGAAAUGAGAGAUUUCGAGAAGUCACAGGGGGUUUCUAGGCUUCCCAUUCAAGCAGGACCAAAUGUAGCUCAUUAUGCAUUUGAUGAUAAAAGCUGGGCAGAAGAUUUCCUAAGGAAGGAAACUCAUGUUAUACCAGAAGAUAUACCUUCUGCUAGUGGCUGGAGCCAAGAAUUUCUUGAUAGUCCUGGUUAUAUGGGAGCUGUGGAUGGUGAUUCUUUAGAAUGGGACACCCACUGGGACAGUUUAACCUCUCAUAUAGAAAAACCGAAAUUUACAGCUCCCGACGCAUUGGCACAAACCGCUGGUGAAAUCAUCGAUAGAAUGAAAGAUCCAAAAUUCGCUCAAUCGGAGUUUUUGCAGUUCAUGCAAAGGGUUAGUCAGGGUGAAGAAAAUUUGACCACUGAACUUAAGAGUACGGCAGCGUAUGGUAAUUCUAACUGGGCAGAAGAGUUUGCUGGUGCAGAUGGUGUGAUAAAACAGCCGGAAUCGAGUUCGGAUCAAGAUUGGGCAGCUGAAUUCACAACAAACCAUCAGCCCGAUUUAGCCGAAGAAUGGACUAAAGAAUUUAGUGAUGGUGCUAGUGCUGAAGUGUUUAGAAGUGGGAAUUCCUCAAAUAAUGAUUUCUGGUCGCAGCUUCAGCAAGAUUGGGAAAAAGCAGCUGAUGACAACCCUUCAAGCUAUGGGUGGCUUAAGGAAACGCAACAAGAUACUUUGAACGAAUAUUCCUUUGAGGCCGAGAAUCCAUAUCAAGACAUUUCGGAUCCUUACAAUGCAGGCCUUCAAAAGAGAUUGGAUGGUGAUCUUCCAAGUGCCAUUUUGCUGUUUGAAGCAGCUUUACAAAAAGAUCCAGAUCAUAUGAAAGCAUGGGAAGUUCUUGGGCUGACUCUUGCCGAAAAUGAGCAAGAUCCAGGAGCCAUUACAGCUUAUAAGCGUUGUUUAGCGCUGGAACCGACGAAUUUAGUAGCUAUUAUGGGUUUAGCCGUCAGCUAUACGAACGAAUCUUACCAGCUACAGGCUUGUCAAGCCUUAGAGGACUGGCUUCGGAACAACCCUAAGUACGCACAUCUAACUUCCUCGUCAUCAACAAGCGCGAGUGAACGAGAAAAAACAUUUACAAGUCUAGUUUCUGGUGACACUUUCAACCGAGUCCAGGACAUGUACCUUAGGGCGGCACGAUUGCAACCUUCUCAUGACCUGGAUCCCGACGUUCAAACUGGUUUAGGCGUACUUCUUAACCUCUCAGGAGAUUUUGAUAAAGCCCCCGAUUGUUUCAGAUCAGCGCUACAGAUGAAGCCUAAUGACUCUUUGCUUUGGAACCGUCUAGGGGCAACCUUAGGUGAAUAUUUCCUCUUACGUUACUACAUCCUAGUUUUUUUUCUCUCUCUCCGUUGUAACGUUUUUUGUUUGAUUAUAGCGAAUGGAGGUCGAUCAGAAGAAGCAAUUGAGUCAUAUUAUAAAGCCCUAGAGCUAUCACCGGGUUUCAUUCGUGCACGCUAUAAUCUGGCAGUAUCAUGUAUUAAUUUGGGAGCUCACAGGGAGGCUGCUGAACAUCUCGUAUCGGCGUUGCUCCUUCAAGCAAGACGUUCAAAGCGCGUUAUGUCCGACAAUAUUUGGUCGACUUUACGGAUGGUCCUGAAUUUGAUGAACAGGAGAGAGUUCAUCGCUGAUAUUGAUGCCAAGGAUUUGACUCGUUUGGCUGCCGAAUUUGGUAUCGCUGAGUAAGCUAUUUUUCUUACAUUGGUUAGAUCAAAAAAUUUGUAUAGGAAGUCGUUGAUUGACAUGCGUUUCCAAUAUAACUACAGUUUAUUUUA